CCAAACAUCAAUCUACUUCAAGGAUCCACCAAAGUUUUUCUGUUUUUAUUUGACGAAAAUAGCGUAAACUGUUGCUAUAUAACAGAUCUACGUACUUUCUUCGAUAUUUUAGUCGUUUUUAACCGGUUUGGAGAGUCUAGAGUCAUAGAACUUUAUUUAGCAAGAUAAAGGAGCGGACACCAAGAUGUCGAUCGCAGUCGCUACACCAAAACAUUGCUUUGGCUUGAAAGCCGACGUAACUAACAAUAUCUGCUACUUAGAUGAGCAAACUAUUAUUUACCCGUCAGGUUCAAAUUGUGUCUUGUUCAACAUCGACCAGAAAACUCAACGAUUCAUCCCUGGUACGGACAAAUGUGUUGGAAUGACUGCCAUGGCUGUCAGUCCCAACAGACGAUACGUGGCUAUCGCUGAAAAAGGAGAAAAAGCAACCAUAACUAUCUACGACCUCCAUACGCUAAGGAAAAAGAAAGUCUUAAGCUUUAGUGAACUGCAAUCUACAGAGUUUGUAAGCUUGGCUUUUUCUCCAGACUCUAAAUAUUUAGUAUCUCAAGGUGGGCGACCAGACUGGACCUUGCUGUAUUGGACAUGGGAAAAAGCUAAGGUUAUGGCUUAUACAAAGUCAACCAGUCAACUGAAUGCGGCAGUUUAUCAGGUCAGUUUCAACCCUCAAGAUAACACACAACUUUGUGUAGUUGGCAAUGGUAUAUUCAAGCUUUUCCGAUACAGCGAAGGAAAUCUCAAGCAGUUUGCUUUCCAAAAGAUGGAACCUCAAAACUUUUUAUGCCACACAUGGUUGUCGGAUGAAAGAAUUGUUGCUGGUACAGAUAAUGGCCGCUUAUUACUUUUUGAGUCAGGAGAGUUGAAAAAUGAGUUCAGUGUCACUGGUGCAGCAAUAAGUGCUCCUGGUACAGCAAGACAUCCUAGUACUACAGCCAGUGGACCUGAACAAAGCCAAGACCAGCAGGUUCUCCAAAUCAUUUGUAUUGCUGCCUUUUCCAAGGGUUUUAUUUGCUCAGCUGGGCUUGGAACUGUGCACUUAUUUGAGAAAACAGAAGAGAAAGAUUUCUAUAAAAAGAGUAGAGAGAUUCGUAUUCCAGCUGAUGCACAAAGUCCAGAUCCACAGCUUGCUGAGAAACAGGAAGUGAAGAACUUGACUAUCAGUCCCUCGGAGGAAACAUUGGUGUGUGCUACCAGUACCUCACAGCUAUACAACAUCACAUUGUCCACUGCUGAUCUGGGGAAGGGUGAUUUAGCUACAUUUGAGUUACUAUCACAGUCUUUCCAUCAUGGUGUUAUUACUGGUAUGGAUGUAUGCAUUAGGAAACCAUUAAUAGCCACUUGUGGUUUGGACAGGUCUGUCAGGAUAUGGAAUUAUGAAACUUGUUCUCUAGAAGCAUACAAGGAAUUUCAAGAAGAGUGUUACAGCAUUGCUCUUCAUCCUUCUGGUCUUUAUAUCUUGGUUGGAUUUAGUGAUAAGCUGAGACUCAUGAAUUUAUUGAUCGAUGACAUCAGGUCUUUCAAAGAAUUCACCAUUAGAGGAUGUCGAGAGUGUUCAUUCAGUAAUGGAGGUCAUCUAUUUGCUGCAGUCCAUGGAAACGUCAUACAAUUGUAUUCAUCUACUACAUUUGAGAAUGUUGGAAACCUUAAAGGACACAAUGGCAAGGUCCGUCAAGUGAUAUGGAGUCAAGAUGAUAGUAAGAUCAUAUCCUGUGGUAUGGAUGGUGCUGUUUAUGAAUGGAAUGUCUACAACUACAAAAGAGAAGGAGAAAGUGUUUUGAAGUCAUGUAGCUAUACCAGUGUAGCAGUAUCUCCUGAUGGUAGAACUACCUUUGCUGUAGGGUCUGAUAGAACUCUUAAAGAAAUAUGUGAUUCACAGAUUCUUCGAGAAGUUCAAGCUGCAGAUACAGUGCUGACACAGUGUGUCAUGUCGAGGUCUGGUAGAAUGUUAUUUGCUGGUACAAGUGGAGGGACACUUCGUGCAAUGAAAUUCCCUCUGACAGUUCCAGGGGAGUGGCAAGAGCAUCAAGUUCACUCUGGUGCCCUUACAAAGAUGCGGAUGUCGUACGAUGAUCAAUACUUAUUCACUGUGAGUGAAGAUGCCUCGUUGUUUAUCUUCAAAGCUGUGGACAAAGAAGGGCGUGGUCUAAAGCGUGAUAAGGAACUUGGCUACGCUGAGGAAAUUCUAAUCACCAAAAGCGAUCUUGAAGAAAAGAACUCUAUGAUGGCAGAACUGAAAACCCGCGUAGAGGAAUUAAAGAUGGAAAAUGAAUACCAACUUCGUCUCAAGGACAUGAACUACAAUGAGAAGAUCAAAGAACUGACGGAAAAGUUUAUCCAGGAAAUGGAGUCCCUAAAGACUAAAAACCAGGUGCUCAAAACAGACAAGGAGAAAGAAGAGGCUAAACAUGAAGAAGAAAUGGCAGACUUAAUGGAGAAAAACACCAAGGAACUACAAGACCUUGAGUCUGCUAAUAAUCAAAAGUUAAUGUCGGAAUACGAAAAGUAUCAAGAACUGCAGUCCAAAAGCCAAAAGAUGCAGGAAGAUUAUGAGAGGCAAUUGACAGAGAUGGAGGAGGCAAGGGAGCAAGUUUUGGAGGAAUUGACGGAAUAUUAUGAAAACAAGUUGCAAGGGAAGACCUCUUUACUUGAACAGUCCCAAGAAGAAGCAAGGCAGCAGUUACGUGAAUACGAAGAAACAAAGAAGCAAAUCGAAGAGGACGCUGACCGAGAAAUUUUAGACAUCAAGAACAAGUAUGAACGGCGACUGCGGGAGGAAAAAGAAGCGAACUUGAGACUAAAAGGAGAAACAGGAAUCAUGCGUAAAAAGUUUACCAGCCUUCAAAAAGAAAUUGAUGAUUACAAAGCUGAAAUACAGCGGCAACACAAUGAAAAUAACAAAUUACAAGGUGUUAUAAAGUCACUGGAGAAAGAUAUUUAUGGCUUAAAGAAAGAAAUCCAGGAAAGAGAUGAAACUAUCCAAGACAAGGAAAAGAGAAUUUAUGAUCUGAAGAAAAAAAAUCAGGAACUGGAGAAAUUUAAAUUCGUAUUGGACUAUAAAAUAAAGGAGUUAAAGAAGCAAAUCGAGCCUCGUGAGAAUGACAUCAAAGCCAUGAAAGAACAGAUACAAGAGAUGGAGAGUGAACUCGAGAGAUUCCAUAAGCAAAAUACAAGCCUUGAACUUAACAUCACUGAACUUCGAUUGAAGUUAAAAGCAACUGACAAAGAAAUGCACCAAGAAAGACAAAAGGUGAGAGAUGUUGAAGCCGUUGUAAAGAGAUUCAAGACAGACCUACAUAACUGUGUCGGAUUUAUACAAGAACCUAAGAAACUCAAAGAAAAUGUCAAAGCACUUUAUACCAAAUACGUACAGGACGAAACGCCUGAAUCCACAGGCGUCGAUGCAGAUAUUCAGCGUGAAUACGCAAGACAGCGCGAGCAUCUCGAGAGAAGCGUGGCGUCUUUACGUAAGAAACUUACCAAAGACUCUGAGAUCCAUCGUGCUGAUAAUGUGAGAAUAAUGCAGGAAAAUGUUACACUCAUCAAAGAAAUCAACGAUCUUCGACGAGAAUUAAAGAUAUCAAGGACAACUGUACACGACCUGGAAACAGCUUUAGGUGUCAUGCGCAAACAGCAAAAUCAAGGAAACAUUGAUGAUGGCACCGCCAAGGAUAACCAGAAAACAGAAGAAAUGAGUCAACUAGAAAAAAUCAUCGACAUUCAGAAAGGAGAGAUAAGAAAACUACGUGUUCAGAUCAAAGAUCUUGAACAAAUUUCUGUCAACAGACCACCCUCUGGAGGCAAACUCCCUCCUGUACCCGUCAUAUAAAUAUAUAUAAUAUGGUUUGUAUAAUAUGGUUUUAUUGAUGGAUUGUAAUCAGAAAUUGUACUCACAGGAUCUAUGUACAUAAGGAUGACUGCAAAAUAAAUUAACUUUGUUUGUAAAAA